GUACAAGCAGAAUAGUGGUUUUCUAGUGACACCAAUGGACGUAGUUAAAAUCCGACUGCAGCAACAGCGCCAUCCAUUCCCUAAGGGGCACUGUUUCUACUACUAUAAUGGCCUCAUGGAUCAUCUCUGCACUUCGUGCGAACAACGGCUGCCAUGCGCGUGGUAUCAGCGGCCCGGCAAUUUUUCUGGAACUAUUGAUGCCUUUGUUAAAAUAACACGAAACGAGGGCAUACGUUCUCUGUGGAGUGGACUGUCUCCUACCUUGGUUAUGGCUGUGCCGGCAACCGUGUUUUACUACUCCCUGUAUGACAGAUUAGUUACACAUUUCCAGUACAAGUUACGUUGUCGUCGAACAUUAUCCCCGGAAAAGAUAUGUCCACCUGAUUGGAUGGCAGCGAUGUUUGCAGGUGCUAUGGCAAGAACGGCCGCUGGAACAAUAGUCAGCCCCCUGGAAAUGAUUCGUACAAAAAUGCAGAGCGAGCAAUUGAAUUACCGAGAUAUUGGGCAAGCUUUACGUGUCACCAUCUCUACUCGUGGCAUUUCGGGUUUUUAUUUGGGCUUGCUGCCGACCCUGCUCCGUGAUAUUCCAUUUUCAGCCAUCUAUUGGGCAGCUUAUGAUACUCUCAAAAGGCGACUUCUUGCAUGGAAAAAUAUGUUAGAACCAACUUUUAUGACGUCUUUUGUCUGCGGAGCUGUAGCUGGAUCGUUCGCCGCAGUACUGACUACUCCAUUCGAUGUGGUCAGUUUGUUCUUCCCUUUUCAAAUAGGAAAUUCUGCUUCGAUGAAAACACAUUUGCAAAUCAAACUCGGCGACGAGAAUGUGGUUCGAAGAAUUUCUCUCUCUGCCAUUGUGCGAGAAAUUAUGCAUAAGGGUGGAGGCGCGGCUGCUCUUUUUGCCGUCACUUACAUUAGUCAUACCACGGGGGCAAAAAUUCUAAUCGUAAAAACUUCAAUUUCUUUUCACAUGAUUUCGCGAAGCGCAAAUAUACAUGAAAGUUUAGGCACGGUUCCGCGAGUAGCAAAGAUUGCACCUGCAUGUGCGGUCAUGAUUGGCUCUUACGAAUACUUCAAAGUGUAUUUUGAACGAACGAAUAGACGACGAACUUCUUCCACUUCUAAAUAA